AUGGAGUCAUGUGGCACGGUGGUGAGCACCAUGCUUACCGUCUUCUUGGUUCUGCAUCUGGGUCUGAUCCCCAUUAUGGCUCAGCAAAAUGAACUACAGAUUGGGGUUGCAGGACAGGCGGUGAUCCUGAACUGCAGAGGCAUACCUCAUGAUGCAGGUGUGACCUGGAAUUACUAUAAGGUUGUUAUAAGGUCAUUACAAUCUGGCUAUUUGAGAGGCAAAGCUACCAUGUCUGAUCGAUCUGAAAUCAACCCCCAGAGUAAACACCUGAAGGUGUUCGACUUAAGACUCUCCGACGCUGGCAUCUACACCUGUAAAUAUGACUCUCACACAGUCAGUAUCUCACUGCAUGUCUUCAAAUUGACGAUCUCUUUAGAUGGGCACUUCCUGCCAAAUGAAGUCCCCGAGCUGACUUUAAUGCAAAAUUCAUCCCAUCCUCUACCUGAUCUCAACAUCACAUUAUUUAACAAUAACAAUAAUGCAGUAAGACCAAAACUCUCACAAAACAAGACCCGUCAAAAAUACAUACUGAAAUUAAAGCAACUGGAGGCUACGGACAGCGGGACCUGGAUGUGUCAUGUCCAUUCAGACUCUCCGUUGAUUAAUCAAAACAUCUCCUUUGAUGUGAAGGUAUUAGGCUUUCAGCAUCCAGUUUUGGAAAGAGAGUAUGCAACUGUUGAUAGCAGUGUCAUCUUGUAUUGGCAUCUGAACUUCCAGAAGAUAGAAUGGAAAGCAGGUUUCACAGGACAACUGAAUUGGAAACAACAGGAAAGUGCAACCAUUCAUAAGCUGCUGGAUUUCAACGUCACAUCACGAGGAGAGAAGCAUGAGACCAAAAAAAGCAGCUACUUUUGGUUUGGGAUACGUGAAAAAACCCCUGAAAGUACCAUAGAAGUGAUACUCCCCAAAGUCCAUUUCAACCACUCUGGGCAGUACCAGUGCCAGCUGGCAUACAACAGAAGAUACGUGCAGAGCAAGACAGAGCUGGUGGUGAUGAAAGUCUCAGCUAACCCUGUUGGGCCACUCCCCAGAGGGGCCAAGAUGACCCUGAUUUGCCAGGUCUCUGGUCCACUCCCAUCCAACGCCCACUUGCGCUGGGAACGUGUGAAUGGGACUCCGACGGACAUCACGAUAUCAAAGCAGCAUGAAGUAAAAGUGGAGGUGAAUGUCAGUGCUGCAGGGCUGUGGAACUGUCAUCUCAUAGAAGACAAUAACAGGAAGAUCAGCCUUAAUUACACCGUGGAGGAAGCUCCUGUUUGGAUUAGCUAUGUGGUAACUGGAGCAAGUAUUGGAGUCAGCGUAUUGGUGUUUGGCCUGUGCAUCAGGAACGGUAUAAGGUGGCAGCAGAGAAGGCAACGGGUAAAAAGGAUGGCACGAGCAAGACAAUUAUUGCUGGAAAAGAAGACAUGUCAGUGUCAACAGUAA